AUGAUUCAUUCAGGUAUAUCAAGCAGUAACAAAAACAAGCAAGCACAUGAUGUAGCGGAUCUCUUUGAUCAACAAACAAUCUGUGCAUGGAAAAAUUUGGAAUCCAUAUGGAAAGCAAUUGCUGAAAGAAUAAUUAUGGUACGACUUAAAUGUGAACUUGUGAAUGUCACACUCAUUGCUAUCUACUCACCAAUUAAUCCAAAUGGACAAAAAGAGGCCUCUGAAAGUGCAAACGCCUUCUAUGUGAAAUUUCAAACAACAAUUGAAAAGUAUCCAAUGAUGAAAGGUUAUUAA